ACAACGGCCCGGCCAAAAAUCACGUGAUAAUCAAAAUGGCAGCCUCCAGGGAUGAAUAUAUUUAUCUUCUUCUUCUUUAGGUUUACGGGGUUGUUAUAUGAUUGUCAUUGAAAAAAUCGUGACGUACGACAACAGAUGUUGCAAAUAGGGCCAUGAGUGGAAACGACAAAGACUUUGCGCCUCUGACGGCAAUAUGUGUGCGAAAUCUGAAUGACAAGUUAUAUGAGAAGCGCAAAAUGGGAGCUCUGGAAGUUGAAAGGAUGGUGAGAGAUUUCUCGGUUACUGGCCAGACUGUUCAGAUUCAGCGGGUCCUGAAAGUUCUUGGUGAAGACCUGGCAUUGUCCCACAACCCUAACUCACGGAAAGGUGGUGUCAUAGGUUUGGCAGCUACAGCCAUUGCUCUAGGAAAGGAGUCGACUAAUUAUGUGGCGGAGCUUGUCAAGCCUGUACUGGACUCCUUCACUGACCAGGACAGUAGAGUGAGGUACUAUGCCUGUGAAGCUUUAUACAACAUCUCAAAAGUCUGUCGGGGAUUUGUCCUUCCUUACUUCAAUGAGAUUUUUGAUGGCCUGAGUAAGUUAUCCUCAGACACCGACCAGAACGUCAAGAAUGGAACUGAGCUCCUCGACAGACUGAUCAAGGACAUCGUAACCGAAAGCUCAGCCUUUGAUCUACGGGCAUUCAUUCCAAUUUUGCGAGAAAAAUUGUAUGUUAAGCAACAAUAUCCACGCCAGUUCAUCGUGUCAUGGAUUGCCGUCCUAGAUGCCGUUCCAGACAUCAAUAUGCUCGUACUACUACCUGAAAUAUUACAUGGUCUUUUUGAGAUUCUCGGUGACCCAAACCCGGAAAUCAGCAAAAUGUGCCAAAACGUCCUACAAGAAUUCCUGAAUGGUAUCAAAAAGACUCAGUCAGGUGUCAACUACGAGGGAAUGGCCAAUAUCCUCAUUACUCACAGCCUCUCUGAUCAUCCGCUGAUUCAGUAUACAGCCAUCUGCUGGCUCCAGGAGUUUGUGGCCCAAGCCGAGCGGACCAUGCUCCAGUAUACGUCAGGGAUCAUACAUGCUGUGCUGCCUUGUCUCGCUACAGAGGGCCACAUCACUCGCUCUGUGAGUGAGGCUGCCAAACACUUAAAUCUUGCCCUGCUGAACCUGAUAUGUGAGGAGGAUGAUCUACCUACCCCGGUCCUAGGGAGUCCAGUCAACCCUGACCCAACCCAAGGGAGUCAAGUCAACCCUGACCCCACCCUAGGGAGUCCUGUCAAACCUGACAGUCAGAAUCCGGACACACAGGCGACCAAUCAUGAGGACAGCCCUGUUAUAACAAAAAGCAGUGCAAUUAGACUUAAUGUAGCAAAUGUAAUUUCCGUGCUAUGCCGAAUGUUAGAACACCAGAGCUUAAGAACCAGAAUCGCUGCUCUGGAGUGGCUGUCUCAUCUCUUACUCAAGGUACCAAAUAAGACAUUCCAGCAUGUGGACAGAUUUUUCCCAGUCCUCUUGACCACACUGUCCGAUACCUCCACAGAGGUUGUGCUUCUAGAUUUAGAAACACUUGCUGAAAUUUCAUCUAACCCUGCAGGGUAUCUAGUUCAUCAGGAGCAACCAGGACAAAACCCAGGGUCAAAGGGCAAAAGUAAAGAAGGGCAGACAACUCCAUCAUCUAAAUCUGCAAACAAAGUGAAAACCAAAGAGGAGGAGACAAGUGAAUUUAGAUCAGGACUUAACAUGUAUUUCACUAAAUUCAUGAAGGCGUUGUUGGAUUUGUUCAAAAAAGACCAGAAUUUACUUGAGCCAGAGGAGAGAGGGUACUUCAUCAUAAGACAGUUGUCACAGCUGUUAAAUGCUGUAGACGUAUUCCAGUCAUUAUCCCAGAUUCUUGUGGAGGAAGAGGAUGUGAAUUUUGCUUGUAAGAUGGUACAGAGCCUCAACACCAUCCUUCUUACAUCAACAGAACUGUUUGAUAUGAGGAAUCAACUCAAGUCUCUCAGUACACAGGAGAGCUGUGUUUUGUUCUGCUGUUUGUACAAGUCCUGGUGUCACAGCCCUGUUGCCACGGUAUCGCUGUGCUACCUGUCCCAGAACUACCGACAUGCCUGUGACCUUCUGCUAUCAUUUGGAAACCUAGAGGUUACAGUUGACUUUUUGAAAGAGAUUGACAAGUUAGUCCAGCUAAUAGAAUCUCCUAUAUUUGCCUAUCUGCGUCUGCAGCUUCUAGAUGUUCACAACAACCAAGAUCUCAUCAAGAGCCUAUACGGUCUUCUCAUGUUGCUGCCUCAGUCUGAAGCCUUCAAACUUCUGCGAUAUCGUCUAGAUUGUAUACCACAUUAUCAACUAGCCACUAUUUAUGAUAAGCACAAAGGCAAAAGCCUACAAGAGCAGCGUCCCCUAGUGUCAAAGAUCAACUUCACAGAUCUCCUGAAACAUUUUCAGAAAGUCCAGGAAAAGCAUCGAGAGGCACGCCAUAAAAUGGCUUUCCGAGGAAGAGCUAUGCACACAAAAUGACACAAUAUUUUACAAUCAGCUGUUGAAUUACGUAACCAAUGACAAUGUAUUUCACAAUUAUCUAUUGAUGCUACGCACCAGUGACUGGAGAUUUCCAAAAACAAUUAUGUAUUGUUGAAGAUUAUUAUACCCCCGCAACGAAGUUAGGGGGGUAUACUGGAAUCAGGUUGUCUGUCCGUCCGUCCGUACGUCUGUCUGUAGACGCAUUUUGUCCGGACAACU